AUGGCUUCCCGUCGGCUCGCUCUGAACCUGCAGCACGCUACGCGCAGCCGCACCGCCAUCAACGCCAUCAAGAAUGGCUCGCUGUCGCGCUUCCGCGGUCUCGCUACCCCCGUCAGCCACGGCUCCAAGACUGAGAGCACCACCCUCAGCAACGGCUUCACCAUUGCUACCGAGCACUCUCCCUACGCCCAGACUUCCACCGUCGGUGUUUGGAUCGAUGCUGGCAGCCGCGCCGAGACCGACAAGACCAACGGCACUGCUCACUUCCUCGAGCACUUGGCCUUCAAGAAGCGCAGCCAGAGCCAGCUCGAGCUCGAGAUUGAGAACAUGGGUGGCCACCUGAACGCCUACACUUCGCGCGAAAACACCGUCUACUACGCCAAGUCCUUCAACUCCGACGUCCCCAACACCGUCGACAUCCUUUCCGACAUUCUCCAGAACUCCAAGCUCGACGCCCAGGCCAUCGAGCGCGAGCGCGACGUCAUUCUUCGCGAGCAGGAGGAGGUUGACAAGCAGCUCGAGGAGGUUGUCUUCGACCACUUGCACGCCACCGCUUUCAUGAACCAGCCCCUCGGUCGCACCAUCCUCGGCCCCAAGGAGAACAUCCAGUCCAUCAGCCGUGACGACCUGACCAACUACAUCAAGACCAACUACACCGCUGACCGCAUGGUCCUUGUUGGCUCUGGUGGUGUUCCUCACCAGGAGCUCGUCCAGCUCGCCGAGAAGUACUUCAGCAACAUCCCCAUGGCUCCCCCAACCUCGACCGCUCAGGCCAUUGCCAACGCCCAGAAGGAGAAGCCCGACUUUGUUGGUUCUGAGGUCCGUAUCCGUGACGACACCAUCCCCACCGCCAACAUUGCCAUCGCCGUCGAGGGUGUUAGCUGGAAGGAUGACGACUACUUCACCGCUCUCGUUACUCAGGCCAUUGUUGGUAACUGGGACCGUGCCAUGGGCAACUCGCCCUACCUUGGCAGCAAGCUCAGCACCUUCAUCCACGAGCACAAGCUCGCCAACAGCUUCAUGAGCUUCUCCACCAGCUACAGCGACACCGGUCUCUGGGGUAUCUACCUCGUCACCGACGCCGUUACCCGUAUCGACGAUCUUGUCCACUUCACUCUUCGUGAGUGGUCUCGCCUGUCAAUGCAGGUCUCCGAGUCCGAGGUUGAGCGCGCCAAGGCUCAGCUCAAGGCUUCGAUCCUUCUCUCGCUCGACGGCACCACCGCCGUUGCCGAGGACAUUGGUCGCCAGAUCAUCACCACUGGCCGCCGUCUCGCACCCGAGGAGGUUGAGCGUGUUGUUUCUCAGAUCACCGCCAAGGACGUCAUGGACUUCGCCAAGCGCAAGCUCUGGGACCGCGACAUUGCCAUCUCCGCCGUUGGUCAGAUCGAGGGUCUGCUCGACUACUCGAGAAUCCGCGGUGACAUGACCAGAAUGCUGUCGUAA